GAUCUUUCCUCUGCCUCCCUUUACUUUGCCACACACCCCCUCUCCUUCUCUCUUCAGCUCACAUCUAGCUCUCUCCUUCAGCACUCUUACUUCUCUCACUCGCUCUCUUUCUAUUCUCAGGUUCCCUGCUGCUUCCAGAGGCUUUAAAGUCAGGACAAAGCAAAAGAGAGAAGCACUAAACUGAGACAGCUGGGUCAUCAUGCAGGUUAUAAGAAUCCAGUUAGUGGUGUGUAUACAAUUUUUUGCUAUCUUUAUAAGAAGUACAGAAAGCCAGUGUCCUAGUCCAUGUCAUUGUCACGGUGACCUGCAGCAUGUUAUCUGUGACAAUGUUGGCCUGAAGAAAAUCCCUCGCAUCACCGAGGCCACUCGCCUCGUCAACUUGCAGCGAAACAACCUGGGUGCUCUCCAAACCGGGGGCUUCAGCGAAAUGAAGGGUCUCGUCUCCCUGCACCUGCAGCACUGCCAGAUCCGUGAGAUUGCCACUCAGGCCUUCAAGGGCCUCAAAAAGCUCAUUUACCUUUACCUUUCUAACAACGAAAUCAGCACCAUCAAGCCUGGAGCCUUUGAUGACCUAACUGAGCUCACCUACCUUUACAUGGAUGGAAACCAAAUCUCAGGUCUUUCAAAAGGUAUUUUCUCACCCAUGAUCAACCUGUUUAUCCUACAGCUUGAUAACAACAAGAUCCAAGACCUGCAAUCAGGUACCUUUGCAGGUGCUAAGGACCUUCGCUUGCUGCAUAUUAGUAACAAUGAACUAAGGUCAAUGCAGCCUGGCUCUCUUGAUGAUGUGGAGAACCUGGCCACUCUUACGCUGGACCGAAACAAGCUGUCUACAUAUCCCACCGAGGCCAUGAGCAAACUACGAGUUGUCGAGGAGCUUAAUUUGUCCCAGAACCCACUCACAUUCAUUCCUGACUACGCAUUCAGGAGCUUUGGACGCUAUAUAGAGAAACUGCAUCUUAAUGAUAUGGGCCUGGAGAAGUUUUCCAACGCGGCUUUUGAGGGUGUGACGGCACUAAGGUCUUUGCAUCUUCAUAACAACAAGCUGAGGAUGCUACCAAGCAACCUGGUUUUCAACAAAAUGCAGAAUCUCACUCUGUUCAACAACCCAUGGAGCUGCAACUGCCAGUUAGCUAACCUUAGAAAGUGGAUGGACACCAGUCGUCAGCGCCCUGAUGCGAUUUGUGCGUUACCUGCGAAUCAGAAAGGAAAGCAAAUACGAGACAGCACUGCCUUUAGCAAGUGCAAAAUAAAGAGAACUAAGAAGGGAGCACUUCAUUGAAAAGGAGUCUCAGAGGAGACGCAUGUCCAGGGGGCCGGCACCAGGUCCAAACAACAGACGCAAUGUUACUUUCUAUUUCGGGGCUGUUCAUUUUCUUUCAAAUUCUAUGAAAUGGCACGCAUAUGAACAUUCAAUUUAUAAAAAAAAAAAAAGAAUAUGAGGGAAAAAAAAAAACAGGAGUUUUGCAGGGAAAACAGACUAAUGCUACACUAUUCACACAUGUUCUGACCCUAAUCAAACAUUCAGAGGAUUUUAGCUGUAGAUUCUCGAUGAGCAUUUUCAUUAAAAAUAAUUGUGAUAACAUUUAUAGUUCUGGGUCACAAUAGGAAAGCUAGGAUUUCUUGUCCAUCCUCCAUCUCAUAAGAUCCUGAAAUCCUCAUUCAAGGACAUCCGUGUGUCUAUCCUCAUAAGAUCCUUGUAUAAGGAGCACUUUUUACACAAAUAUUACACUUUUGUCAAAGCUAUUUCGAUAAAUUUUGAAUAUUUCAGUAUUGCUCAUCAACUGUGAGGAGAAAUCAUGACACACAAAGUCUUCCUAGUAUUAUCUGGUUUAAACCAUCUACUCAAUGUAAAAAAAAUAAAUAACUGUGUCUUUUACAAUAUGGAACGUUUGAAGCACAAUCAUAUGUUACUGCUUGAAUGACCCAUAACACUACACAACGAUGUGCGGAAAGUAACCAAGUCAUGGAUAACAAACUUAAGCUCUUAGUGCUGCUGUUUUGUAGUGCGUUUCCAUUGCAAUAAAAAUGUGCAUGCUUACGCUACGACAGGAAGUUGAAACCUAGAAGGAAUAUUUGGAAAAUUUGAAAUGUGCUUUUUUUUUCCCACAGCUGCAUGACACACUAUUAUGUACAAUCACAGAUUAUUCAAUUUCUUAAACUUUAUGUAAUAAGCGAUAAUCACUUUUUCAAUAAAUAUUCAAUAUCUAAAAAAAAAAGAUCAUGCGACAAGAGAUUUUUGCCUUUGGAUGCAAUAAAUAUGUAAACAGGGAAGAAAUAUUCAACGAUUUUCUGCCUUAGUAAAAUAAUCCUUGCUUAGAAUUUUAAAAAUCAUUUUUAAUAACGCUCUGUUGGUUUUAUGCAUGAUGCAGAUGAUGAUGUGUUCAAAUGUUAAAAGUAAUGUAGCAAUGAAUUAAUGCUAA